AAAAAACCGCCUCCAAAAGCCCGCAAAAGUUCGUUAAGAUUGCAACGCGAGACUGGAAGAAAUUCCAUAUCCUCCACACUGGACAGGUGGUUAGUCCAAAGUCCAAACAUCUAAAAAAAUAAGAAAAUAUUGACUAGCGAGAAGAUGACCAAUCGAUUGGGUCAUACACUGCAGCAGAGGAUACCCGUUUUGGCUGGUGUAUUUGCGUGCCCUUUUCCCUCAAAAUUUUUAGUCACUUGCGCAAUUGAUUUUGCCCCUCAACUUUCCAGAACACUGAAGAAUCGAACCAGUGGACGUGGGACACCUCGGCGACUGGUUUUGGGCAUUGGGGCUGCUCUUUGGGGUCAGUUCAUGAGCAUGGCUGGUAAUAGUGGCAGCAAAUCUUUCCUUGCUUCGGCUAGGCAAAAGGGUGCCGUUGAACAGGUAUUGAAGAAUGUGGAAUGGCCGGAGCAAUUUCCAUUCAAGGAAGAGGAUUUCCAACGCUUUGAUGAGUCGCCAGAUACGUUAUUUUAUGAAUCCCCACGCUUUGUCACACACAUUGAUGAUCCAGCCAUUGCUGCUCUUACAAAGUACUAUUCAGGGGUUUUCCCUCCUAGUAACACUCCUGGGGUAGCUAUCCUUGACAUGUGUAGCAGUUGGGUCAGUCAUUUCCCUGCAGGAUAUAAGCAGGAUCGAAUUGUAGGGAUGGGUUUGAAUGAAGAGGAGCUCAAGCGGAAUCCGGUUUUGACCAAUUAUGUUGUUCAAGACUUGAAUAUUAACCCUAAGCUUCCAUUUGAAGAUAAUUCCUUCGAUGUUAUUACAAAUGUGGUUAGUGUUGACUACCUGACAAAGCCUCUUGAUGUUUUCAAGGAGAUGCGGCGGAUUCUCAAGCCCGGUGGCCUUGUUAUAAUGAGUUUCUCCAACCGUUGCUUCUGGACUAAGGCAAUCUCAGUGUGGACAUCAACUGGUGAUGCUGAUCAUGCUAUGAUUGUUGGGUCAUACUUCCAUUAUGCAGGAGGUUUUGAACCUCCUCAGGCUGUGGAUAUAUCCCCCAACCCUGGACGUUCAGAUCCAAUGUACAUUGUGUACUCUAGAAAGUUGGCUACAGCCUGAAGCACAAAACGUAGCCCUCCAUAUUUUUCAGAGCAGUGGAUACUUCUUGUCAUAAAUGGUUAAACUUGGCUUUCAACUACUCCGGUUUUGUAAUUUCUAAGCACUGGAAAAUUUACUGCACCUUCGAACUGUAUCAACAAUAGUUAUCCCAGCUCGGGGCAGUUGAUCAAGAUUAUGUUAUUCGAUAUGUAUCUUCGGGAGUAGGGAACUCGACACCCGUUGUUGCUUACCAAUGCAGUAAGUUGUGAAUGAUUCAUGCUUUCUUCGA